AUCGAAUCCAUCUCUCGAACCCCGUGACAGAUCUACGCCGGCAUUUCUUUCCGACACAUUCCCCGCGUGUCAGUUUCCUCGCGUCCUUUUCUUCCUCUCGACCAACUUUCUUUCUUUUUUCUUCUUCCUCGUCACUGUUCCUGGCAGUGUUUGUUUUCUUCCGCUCGAAUCCGCUGCUAUAUUUCUCCCACGACGCCCUUUCAUUGAAUUCAUUGUACAGUCAUCUUCUUUUUUUUUCUUCCUUUUUUUCUUCCGCUUCUUCUUCUCUCUCCCCCAAUUCUCACAAAAAAAGAAAAAAAGAAAAAAAAUGUUUCAUCAUCCAUUCCAAGAAGAUCACAUACCUUCUCACGAGUUUAUGCUUCAACCUGAGGAGCUUCUUAUGGAUAUGGAACUUUGUCCUUCGAAAAAGGAGCUCGAGGCUCUUUUUGUUUAUGGCGGCGAGCCCGACUCCGUCUUGGAUCUCGGCCCUUACAUCAGUCCUCUCAAUAGUCCCAGCUCCGAGGCCUCGAGCACCAUUUUCAACACACAUGGAUUCUCCGACGAGCCUUGGGAGUAUGAGACGAUCGAGGACAUGAAUUUCGACUUGGAUCUCUUGUCUCCCACUUCGACAACUUCCAGCAGCGAUAUCUCCCUCCAGGAUCCAGCCGAUGAUGAUACUUGCGAUGAUCAUCUCAACAUGCUCGAAGAUCUACUGCUGGACGACGAUGAUCACGAUGGUCACACUCGGCAGGAACUGGAAGUGGAGCAGCAGCAAAACCACGACGUGGAUCAAGGCAGCAAGCUUGACGCUCCACGAGAGGAAGAAGAAGAAGAAGAAGGAAUAGAAGAGGUCGAAAGAGCAGGAGAAAAACAAGACGAGGAGAAGAGAGGCCUGGAGAUCGUCCACUUGCUGCUAGCAUGUGUGGAGAACAUCCAAGGCGGAGACAUGGCAACAUCAAAGCUCAUACUGGAUCAUCUCGCUGCUUCCAGUCGCGAUCAUCCUCCACACCUCUCAAGCCCGAUCGAGAGAGUCUCCACACACAUCUGCAAAGCUCUGAGCGAGAGAAUCACCAAAACAUCCAUCUUCGACGCCACCACCAGCGAUGAUCUUGCCUUUGCGCGCCGAGCCUUCUACCAACACUUCCCAUUCCUCAAGUUCGCGCACUUCACUGCAAACCAGGCCAUCCUCGAGUCCCUGCGAGGCUGCUCCAAGCUCCACAUCGUGGAUCUCGACAUCGAUCAAGGCAUGCAGUGGCCAAGCCUCAUCCAGGCGCUCUCGCAGAUCGAAAACGCUCCAUCUCUUCGCAUCACCGGCGUCGGAUCCAGCCUCGCCGAGCUCCAGAGCACCGGACGCCGGCUAACCGAGUUCGCCACGUCCAUCGGCUACCACAAGCUCGACUAUCACCCCGUCCGGCUAGACUCCCCCGACCAGCUCGAUCCCUCGGCCUUCUCUCUCGGCGACGAUGACGAUCAAGAUCUGGGCCUGGCCGUGAAUUGCUCGAUGUUCCUCCAUCGUCUCCUCGGCAACCAUCCAGCGCUGGAACGCACACUUUGCAUGAUCCGGGCAUGGAAUCCACGCAUUGUCACGGUGUCCGAGAUGGAAGCCAACCACAACACUCCGAGCUUCGUGGAUCGAUUCGUGGAGGCUCUCCAUUUCUACUCGGCGGUGUUCGAUUGCCUGGAGUCGGCUCUGGCACGGACGGACCCGGACAGGAUCUACAUCGAGGGCGCCAUGUUUGCCGGAGAGAUCCGGAGCAUUCUUGCCUGCGAGGGCGCCGACAGGAUCGUCCGGCAUGCCCGGAGCGAGAGCUGGAGGGAUUUCAUGCGGUGGUCGGGGUUUAAAGAUGUUGGACUGAGCGAUCACUCGCUCUAUCAGGCUCACGUAUUUCUCACAUUGUAUUCGCAGGCGUAUAGGCUGACGAGGGAAGAACAGGCACUUAUACUGGGCUGGCAUGACACUCCCGUAGUGUCCAUCUCCACUUGGAGCUGCUAAACACUUCAAUCCAAAACUGUGUAUAUAAACACUACAGGUAAAACUUUUUUUUUUUCCUUUCUUUUUGAAAUAAAGGGAGAGAGAACAAGCAAAAAAAAAAAAAAAAACAGUGGUAUGUUCUCUAUAACUAUG